AGCGCUUGAUCCUGAACGGAACUGAUAAUUAGACAGACAACUGGCGGCCGUGUGGUUGACCAGCGAUGUUCCCAUCGUCUGGUUUCUUCGCCCAGCUGCCCUGUCCAGUCUGCCGGCGCGGCUGCGACCGACCCCACUGCUGGUACAAACAUGCCGAGGACAUGCGACAUGUUUGCGGUUAUUCUUCGCCGUCGUCUGGGUCGAGGUCUUCAUUAGCAGUUGCCCAAUAUGGCCAGCCAUCAGUCUGGGGUGUGGCUCAAGUCGUAAACGAUUCCACAGAUGAGCUCCAGCAGAUCAACAAGAAGAUCAAAGCAGCCAAGUUCGAAGUCGAGCGAGAGCAGAGGCGCCUGUUGGGCUACUGCGCCGCGGACAUCACCCCUACUGGGGAGGAAGGCAAAAAGGGAAAUGGUGAUUGGUACGGACAAGCUAAUGCUGUGCCUUCCCAAUCCAGAAAAUACGUGGUUGACAAUUCCAAACCGAGGACAGACUUGGAAUACGACCCCAUGUCCAAUUUCACAGCCGAAUUUUCGUCCUACAAAAAGACUUUAAAAGGGAAGAGCGUGUACCAGUGUGACAGAAAAAAGCCAAGUAGCCAGCAGGUGGCGACCUCCCCCCCUUGCUCUCCUGGGGUACAGCAUGACGCCGAUGAUGAUCCCAUCUUGACCGUCAAUAUGGCUGCAUCACCUGACAGGAAGUCUGCUCAGGCAGACUCAACUGACAGUGAUUCUGAUGCGCAAGUGGGACCAGAGCUGGAGAUAGCCCAGGAAAAGGCCCGAGAAGAAUCUGCCGAAGCUGUGAUUGACCUAACUGAGAGUCCGGAAGCCCCCGAUGCAACGAGUCCCAAUUCCUCUCAGUGUUCUCAAUCAGACGAUGAAGAAACCGUGCAUCAUCACAUUUCGAACCAGUAUGACGAACCACUUUUUGUGGAAGUCCCCAGGUCCGUUGAGUGCCACCCUCCCAAGAAGAGCGUUCAGGAAUUUGGUUCCACCGCUAAAUCCAAUACACGCCAUAGCCACCAGGAGCUGACCGAGAACGACGACGACGACGUCAUUGUCAUCAGUUCCAGCUCAGAUGAGGACCAAGACGAUCUGGACAUUGAGCUGUCUGACGGCGACCCGACGGAGGAGUGCUACCGCAUCUUCAUGGAGGCCAAAAACCAGGAGGUGGACCGCCAGGAGCAGCCGGUGGAUCCUAUGGAACGUACAGCCGUGGUGACAUCCCACAAGAAUGAGAUUCCAGCCGUAAAACCCAAAGAACUGCCAGAAAAGAGGAGGAUUGCACAUGAGUCCAAAGAGACAGAGGUUCCAGCAGCAAAAAGGAGACCAGAACCUCAGAUUCUGUUUCCACUACGAGGGCCAGUAACGCCAGCGGCCACGUCUCUGCACAAGGCCGUAGUUUUGAAGGCCCCGAUGAAAGGAGACAGAGCCUUCCAAUCGUCUGUUGGUCAGAAAAAGCAGGAGAUCCGGUCUGCACCAGUUCUUUCAGCUCCCGCGGCACCAGUCACCACUUUGCCUCCUCAAGAGAAUGUGUACAUAACCCCAGGCUCCACUGUGCUCAACGUGGGCAACAACUUGCAUCUGAUCCUGCCUCAGGGCGCAGUCCCAAUCACCUCCAACCUCAGCGAUGUCACCUCCGUCCUUACUCCAAUCACUCCAGGACACUCGGUCCCCAUAGCCAACAGGCCCGCCGGUGACUCAGCGGUAAGGCAUCGCUCUGUCACCCCUCUGCUCAUUCCUGCCACCCCUCUGAGAUUCUCCAGGUCCUCCAGGGCAAUGGCGCUUUCCACCACUGCUGGUAACGCGCCUAGCCGAUUGGCUGAUAAGCCUGCCACCACUAAACGAAAAGGGAAGCGGCAGGUCGACGAAGCCAAAGCCAAAGUUCCCCACGACAUCCGACAACGCUACGUCACUCAGUUCACCGAAGUGUUCCUCGAGUCUGUCGCCAACGUCGACGAGGCCUUCAAAAAGGCGGUGGCUGAGGAGAAAGUUGUGUACAACCGUAGCGUCAACAAACUCAAGUAUCUCAGCGUGGCUGUGAAUGCUCUCAAAAGGUUAAAAAAGCAGAAUUGUGUCGCCAUGAGAGAUGAGACAGUCAAUGGCAAAACAAGCAAAGGGCGUAUUCCACUCAACUGGAAGAAGCUCAAAGCAAAAGAUGACUCUUCUUUGUAUGACUUUUUGCGGGACUACAUACUGAGCGAAGAGGAGCUAAUUGAGAGGAACUUUCCCAUCCAGCACCCAGAAAAAGCUGGCUGUGCUGUUCUGUUCGCCAACAAGAAGGCCAACAAUGACCCCAUGAAGAGGAUUUGCUGUCGCUGCGGAGCCAUGUACUCUGUCAACAGAGCGGGUAAACACACCCGAAUGGAGGAGUGCAACUAUCACUAUGGUAAAGGAGUGGAGAAGAGAGUGCCCGGCGGAGUUGAAACUCGCUACAGCUGUUGCCAGGGAGUGAUGGGAGCACCCCCUUGUCAAAUAUUUAAGUUGCACGUGCACGAUUCCCUGGCCAUGGAUGGCUUUGUGGCCAGCCGCCCCAAACAUCCUGAGGAUACUGGGUGCCCCGGAGUCUACGCACUUGACUGUGAAAUGUGUUACACCAUUCAAGGCCUGGAGCUAUCACGAGUGACUGUUGUGGACUCGAGCCUCCAAGUGAUCUACGACACGUUUCUCAAGCCGCACAAUGAGGUCAUUGACUACAACACCAGAUUUUCAGGUAUCAGUGAAGAAGAUGUGAGGGACGUCCAAACGUCUCUCGCGGAGGUGCAGAAGACCUUGUUGAGCUUCAUCAGUACCGAAACCAUCCUGAUCGGGCACGGUCUGGAAACUGAUCUCUGUGCCCUCAAGUUGCUCCACGGCACGGUGGUGGAUACAGCAGCAGUCUUCCCCCACCGCUUGGGCCCCCCACACAAGUUGAGCCUCAACAGACUCACAGCUGAAUACCUGACCCGGAUCAUCCAAGAGAGCGUGUGCGGUCACGACACAGCGGAGGAUGCCGUCGCCUGUAUGGAGCUCAUGUUGCUGAAGCGUAGAGACUCCAAAGGAAAAAAAUGAUAGGAAUCAUGUUACACCCUCCUUCUUUGUCACAUGUUGUUUUGAAUUAUACUGAUGAACCUUAUUUUCCUGUUUUGAUAUUGUUCACUUGUUUCAAAACAAUGACUGAAAUGAACCUUGAACUCUGCCAUGUGGGAGGUGGUCAGGGGUAGGGGGUGUUAUUGUUUCAUCGUCAAGUAAAGAACUUUUCUUGGGUCAACCGAAUACCUGGCUUAUAAUGAACUCAGGUGGUGCAAAUGCUACUAGGCCACACCUGUGAAGCUUGUGAUUGCUCACAGGUGAGUUCAACUUGGGUCUUUAUUGUUACAUGUUUCAUAACAGCUACACCUGUACAUACAGUAGAUGAAGGUGCAACAUUUAUCAAAACAAUGCUACCAUAAAUUCAAGUCAGUCUGGCUGUGCUCAUAAUUUGGUGUAAGUACAUUUUCAUUAAGCUCAUAUGUGACAGGUUAAGGUACAGUGCAGCAUUGACUAGUUACAAGUGCAAUUGGUGAGCAUUUAAAUCAAUUUGCCAAAGUAACGUACAUUUUAAAAGUUUUUGGUUCUUUUUGUGGCACAAUACAACAUUGACUAAAUAUAUGUCAAUAUACUUCUAUAUUGGCCCACUAAUAUUUCCCAACUAAGAUUUUUUUUUUUUU